GGCUGUGCAGCCAACAUGGCGGCGGCGGCGGGCCCGGAGAUGGUCCGCGGGCAGGUGUUCGACGUCGGGCCGCGCUACACCAACCUCUCGUACAUCGGAGAAGGCGCCUACGGCAUGGUUUGCUCUGCUUAUGAUAAUCUCAACAAAGUUCGAGUUGCUAUCAAGAAAAUCAGUCCUUUUGAGCACCAGACCUACUGUCAGAGAACCCUAAGAGAGAUAAAAAUCUUACUGCGCUUCAGACAUGAGAACAUCAUCGGCAUCAAUGACAUCAUCCGGGCACCAACCAUUGAGCAGAUGAAAGAUGUAUAUAUAGUACAGGACCUCAUGGAGACAGAUCUUUACAAGCUCUUGAAGACACAACACCUCAGCAAUGACCAUAUCUGCUAUUUUCUUUACCAGAUCCUGAGGGGAUUAAAAUAUAUCCAUUCAGCUAAUGUUCUCCACCGUGACCUCAAGCCUUCCAACCUCCUGCUGAACACCACUUGUGAUCUCAAGAUCUGUGACUUUGGCCUUGCCCGUGUUGCAGAUCCAGAUCAUGAUCACACAGGGUUCUUGACAGAGUACGUAGCCACGCGUUGGUACAGAGCUCCAGAAAUUAUGUUGAAUUCCAAGGGUUAUACCAAGUCCAUUGAUAUUUGGUCUGUGGGCUGCAUCCUGGCAGAGAUGCUAUCCAACAGGCCUAUCUUCCCAGGAAAGCAUUACCUUGACCAGCUGAAUCACAUCCUCGGUAUUCUUGGAUCUCCAUCACAGGAAGAUCUGAAUUGUAUAAUAAAUUUAAAAGCUAGAAACUAUUUGCUUUCUCUCCCGCACAAAAAUAAAGUGCCAUGGAACAGGUUGUUCCCAAAUGCUGACUCCAAAGCUCUGGAUUUACUGGAUAAAAUGUUGACAUUUAACCCUCACAAGAGGAUUGAAGUUGAACAGGCUCUGGCCCACCCAUACCUGGAGCAGUAUUAUGACCCAAGUGAUGAGCCCAUUGCUGAAGCCCCAUUCAAGUUUGACAUGGAGUUGGACGACUUGCCUAAGGAGAAGCUCAAAGAACUCAUUUUUGAAGAGACUGCUAGAUUCCAACCAGGAUACAGAUCUUAAAUUGGUCAGGACAAGGGCUCAGAGGACUGGACAAGUUCAGAUGCCGGUGUCCCCCCAGUUCUUGACCCUGGUCCUGUCUCCAGCCCGUCUCAGCUUACCCACUCUUGACUCCUUUGAACCAUUCAGAGGGGCAGUUUCUGGUAGUAGUGGCUUUUAUACUUUCAUGGAAUUCCUUCAGUCCAGAGAGUUCUCCUGGCACCAGGCCCUGCAGCAGUGUGCACUUUCAGUGCACUUAACUGCUUACUGUUUAGUUACUAAUUGCUUUCUGGUUGAAAGAUGCAGUGGUUCCUCCCUGUCCUGAAUCCUUUCUACAUGUCAUCUGCUGAACCAUCAGAGCAAGAGUCUUUCCAGACUUAACAAUAGGGAAGGUGGUGACAUAAGGCACCUUAAGUCAGUGACAGCUCCAAAUUUACACUUCAUCAGCUGGCUAGUACCUGUCUACCAAGAUAGAGUAGGAGCUUGUGGAUGUCCCUGGAUGGUGUUACAAGUUGCAGGGGCAGGUGCUUCUGUUGCAGGAGUCCUUGGGGACAUUCUGUAUAUCAUGUUAGUCCCAAAUUUAAGAUAUGAACUAUUUGCCCAGCUUUUUAAAAAUUUGAUCAUUGUUUAAAUGAAAUCGAAAGGAAGCAUUGCACCAGCAAUGUUAUUCUGUAGCUUUUAUAUGGUUACUAGCAUUUUAAUGGAGGUAUAGUGCUUGUCAAAAUGUUACAUGCUAUCAUUGGCCAGAGAUUGAAAGUAACAGCUGUGCUUGUCAUUUGCUGCAAGAUGGACAUGCACUAAGCUGUGUAAGUUUCCAGAAAAGUAGAGAGCAAGCUGACCUAGAUGUUCAGGGUGGAGCCCCAUAGAGCCUUGAGCUGUUCCACACAGAAGGCUGUUUUCGUAACCACGUUUACUGCCUAGGGAUUUAGCAAAAGGAACACUGCAUCUUUCAAUGAGAAAGUGUACAGUUCUUCCCCUGCAGCAUGUCAGCAUCUCGGGCUCACUGUUCAGCAGUGUGAUGACUUGUAUGGAAUAAACCUUCACGAGCCCUCCUCAUGAAGCUCUGUUCUGUUGCCAGGUUAGAGGUGUUUCUGGUACUGCUGAAUUCAUGUCACAAAAGACAGCAGUAACUGUUUGAGCUCUUUUAUUUCCUUCUCUCCUAUAUUUUGUCCCUGCACUGUGUGCUGUGAGUUGAGGUGUUUUCCCAGUGCGGUGCCUCCUGACCCUCCUCACUGCUCUCUGAUGAGAAAUUUGCCUUGUUCAAUAACUUACUGUGCUCUUGCAUGACUGUUAAGGUCUCUGUGCAGAGACCAGUGUCCAAAUGUCACAUCCUUUGAUUAAGCAAAAUCUGUUGUGACCUCUGAGUUGUAUUCCAUGAAGAGAAUGCCACCCAGAAGAUAAUGUAGGAAAGAAAAUUGUAUUGUUAACUUUUAAUUUCUCAG